AGUCAAGACGCGGGGUAAUAUAUUGAUUUGAAUGUGUCUCGAUGACUAGCCAGUAUACUGGAUUUAAGGUUGAGUUGACGUCAUCUCAACUUGGGAAAAUUGUUGGUGUUGUCUCAAAUGUUAGCGAAAAUAAGAUCAGCCUUACCAAUGCAGUGAUCAACAAUUAUCCUCCUACUAUCCCUUCGUUUGCUGUUGAGAGUAGAUUCAUCCAAAAUAUUCGCAUUCUUUCAACUGCAAGUGACGGUGAAUCCUCAGGUAGUGAUACACCGGUUAAAUGCCCAAAUAAGUCCUCUAAUUCUUCACGCGAACAACGUCGAGAAUGGUUAAGAAACAUUCCCAACGCUUGCAGUGUUUAUGUAUGUCCUGACUCACCGCCUAUCAUUCAUAAGACAGCUGGUGCGCCAGGAUCUGGUAGUAACAUUAAUGAUAUUAAUAACGGUUUUGGACACUCAAACGAUUUACAACUGUUAGACAAUGCAUUGGGGAAAGCUUCCAUUCGCGAACCAAAUGACUUAAGUCCAGCUCGUAAGUAUGGUGUUAAUAACCACCGUCAUUCCAAACGCCGCAGUUACUCAACGUCAGAAACAACUGGCGCGACAAGUGAUAUAUCUGGUGCCGAAAGUGAUUCGUUCCAUCGUCAUACGAAUUCAGGAUCAAGAGGUCAGUUCAACUGUGGAGGCAGUGGCAGUACUAAUCGUCAUGCUCAAAAUCGCGGUCAUCCACGUGAUAAUAACAAUAAUAAUAGUCACAAUCAUCGGAAUGGAGGGAACACUGGACUAAAUGGAGGUGGUAGCGGCGGUCAAAGAAAUUUAGCAGAUUGGGAUCGGAUCUGUGUUGAAGAAUUUAUCGAUGAAGAUUUUGAUUUUGAAGGAAACUUAGCUUUAUUUAAUAAGAGUGCAUUCUAUGAAAUGGUUGAUUCACGCGAAGGUCAUUCAAUAACAAAUACUUCUGACAUGAAUAAUUCUUCCGUUUCUUCUUCUCUACCACAUUUCAUUGAAGGCCCAGAUGGUGUUGGAAUUCCGCUAUUCACUACUCCAACUCAAUCAUCUAAUUUAAUAACAACUAUGACAGCUUCAACUAGAACAACACUGACUAUCACAUCCUCUGGUAGUCAUUAUGAAGAUAAGCAUAAAAUAAACAAUACACAAAUAACUACUUCCAAUAAUAAAUCUAUUAAUCAACAUAAUCCUACUAGUUCAGUAGUAGCUACAUCGUCACCAUCAUCACCACCACUAGCAGCAGCAGUAACAGUUCAUUCAGAAGGAAAUAAUUUCAAUGUUAAUGUUAAUAAUAAACAAUAUUAUAUAAAUUCUAUAAAACAACGUAAUAAUCAAUACUGGUAUACAUGUACAGGACAACGUGUACCAAUAUUUCCAUUAGAACAACGUCAACGUUUAUUUAAUUAUUUAACUACAGGAUUAAAUUUAGAUACUCAAAUAAGUAAUAAAUUUCAAGGUAUUACAUGGGGUCGAUUUAUUGAAUCUGCUACUCGUCCUCUAAUUGAUAAUAUUAUGAUACAUUUACGUCAAUUAAAUAGAACACCUCAAAGGAUUAUUCAUAGACCUCCGGCUCGCAUUCUAAUCAUAUCAAAUGGAUCUAAUCAUUUAGGUGCAGUAUUGUCGUUGAAUAUAGCUCGAUAUUUAUCUACACUUGGAGCUUGUGUUCUAUUAGUCACUCCAUCUAUGUAUUGUGCUAAAACUAAUAUUAAUAAUUCAGUGAAUGACACUACUACUGCUACUUCCGAAGAUGUUAGUGAUGAAUAUCCUACUGAUAAUUCCAUAAUGUCUACUAUCUAUCGACAGGAAUUACACUUACUUAUGAAUUUAGCACCAAAACCAAAUCAGUAUGGACUAGAUGAUCUUGAUGAUGAAGAAGAUGAUGAAUUAGACCAAUACAGUGAUGAUGGGCGGGGAACAGAUAACGAAAAUAAUCAUGAUGAUCUUAAGAACAAUAAACAAAUACCUGGACUCUAUACAUUUAAUAAUAAUGAUAAUGGGAGUCAUACAAUUGAUGAUAAUAGUAUCAGUAUUGGUUCAUCUUCUGCGAAUAUUCGUGAACAUAAUGAUGUUGACUUUGAUAAUAUGAGUUGUCUCAAUUAUUCCGAUAUCAGUAGUAUUGUCGAUCAUAGUUCAGUUGGACGUAUAUGGAUGAGUCGUAUGCCUGGACUGAAAAUUAUACGUCGUCCAAAUUCUGUUACCAAACUGCCAAGUAGUAUACGCAUUGACCUAGUGAUAAUUGGUCAUUCAGAUGACAGUAAUACUGUAAAUAAAGACAACUCAUCAUUAUCAUCAAAUACAAAUUUAUUGUUUAAUUGGUUGCGCAAUCACAAUUCCAUUGGUGGCAUUAUUCAUUUAACACCUUCCCAGUCCAUUGUUGAUUCUAAUAUUCUGUUAAGAAAUGCCCAACACUUUGUUUGGGUGACUGAAUUGGGCUUACCAAUACUGACACCACAAGGUCAUUUAACGUCAUCAUCUUCAACAACAACGCCUACAGUGUCUAUCCCUCCAACUGAAGCCACAUUGAAUAGUAGUGGUACAUCAACCAACACAACCACUUCAUUAACUCACUUGUUAAUUGAUGUUGGACUUGGUCGAAAUAUUGUCCGGAAAUUAACUGGUGAUUUAAAUCUCCUACCACCAUAUGGUCUAUUCGAUCUGGGUUCCAUGAUUCCUUUACGACCAGAACAACUGAACUCAGUACAACAACAACAAAUAUCACGAUAAUUACUUUGAUUUAAACGUUGUGUGGACGCAAAUCGUUCACAUUUUGUAAUUAAUUUUCAUGAAAGAAGAUCUAGUUGACUUUUUGUUUUUUACUCUGCCUCGAUAUUUUGUAUAUAACAGUUGCAAUGUUUCUAUCAUUUACUUAAUCACAUAGUCUUUUAAUUUCUUCUCCUCUCUAGUUGUUCUGUUUUCUAAUUGAGAAUAUAUACACUAGGAUAGCCUAGUGUAUUUUGAUUUCGUUUCAAUGUAUGUUUUUGACUUCGUUGUCAUGUUUUGUAUUGUAUUAAUCUACAGUUUCCUUGUUAUCUUACUUAACAGUCUAUAUGAUUUGUUCUUUCUUGUUCCGUAAGGCAUAGAUAGCAUGACGUUAUUCUGUGGAAAUAUAAAAAAUGAUUAGUAAUGU